AUGGAGAUGAUCCAAGCUAAAAUUGUGGGAAUGAACGGAAACUAUAAUUCUGGCAGAAAUACUGUCACAAACUCACGGGCAAGUCAGCAGAACGUAUACGGCUGUCUCAGAUGUCUGAGGCAUGGGAUACCUCUCAACUACAGGAAUGAGAUCCUUCAGUUAUCAAAAUUAGCUGGACCCCUGCUAAUUUGUCAGCUUCUGACCUUUUUAGUACCCUUUGUCAGCACUGCAUUCUGUGGACAUUUGGGGAAGACUGAGCUGGCUGCGGUUUCUUUAGCCAUAGCUGUGAUCAAUGUUACUGGUAUUUCAGUUGGAUGUGGAUUAGCAUCAGUAUGUUAUACAUUAAUAUCCCAGACCUUUGGGAGCAGGAACUUAAAGAGAGUGGGGGUCAUUCUGCAGAGGGCUAUCCUCAUUUUACUUCUGGCUUGUUGCCCAUGCUGGGCUCUUCUUAUCAAUACAGAGUCCAUUGUCCUGGCUGUCAAGCAAACCCCAGAGGUGGCCAGGCUGUCCCAGAUGUAUGUGGAGAUCUUUAUGCCUGCAUUACCUGCCUCUUUUCUGUACCAGCUACAAGCAGGGUAUCUUCAAAGUCAGGGUAUACUAUGGCCCCAGAUAUUCACAGGAAUUGUGGGAAAUGUUCUGAAUGCACUGAUCAACUACAUCUUUCUGUUCGUUCUGGACCUUGGUAUAGUUGGUUCAGCUGCAGCCAAUGCCAUAACCCAGUACUGGCUGGCUUUGUUCCUGUUUGCCUACAUCCUCCACAAGGGUUUGCACAAGUCCACCUGGGCAGGCUGGUCUGUGGAAUGCCUGCAGGAAUGGGGAUCCUUUGUCAGCUUAGCCAUUCCCAGUAUGUUCAUGACAUGUCUGGAAUGGUGGUUAUUUGAGAUUGGCGGAUUCCUGGCAGGUCUGAUCAGCGAGGUGGAGCUGGGAUCACAGUCAACCGUUAAUGGGAUCGCUGGUAUAUCAUAUGUGUUUCCUUACGGCUUCGGUGUAGCUGCCAGCGUGAGAGUGGGGAAUGCUCUGGGAGCUGGAGAUGCAAAGCAGGCUCACCUGUCCAGCAAAGUCUGCAUAAUAUGUACAGUCGUGACCGGCUUUUGUGUGGCACUAACCAUUGGGAUAUCAAAGGAUGUGAUUAGCCUUGUCUUCACAAGUGACCAGCAGAUCAGGAGAAGGGUUGCAGAGGUUCUGGUUCUGUUUGCACCCUUCAACUUGUUUGACGCGACAGCAUGCGCGACUGGGGGCAUCUUGAAGGGGGCGGCAAAACAGAAGAUUGCUGCAGUUUGCAGUCUGGUGGGGUACUACUGUUUGGGGUAUCCAAUUGGAAUGUCCUUGAUGUUUGCAGCAAACCUUGGAAUCACCGGCUUGUGGACUGGACUUUUAAUUUGUGUUUUCCUCCAGACCUGUUUCUUUUUAACCAUCAUUCUCAAACUUGACUGGACGAAAGCUGCCAUUGAGGCCCGAGUCAGGGCAGGGGUACAGACGACAGAAGAGAGUGUUCAACCACAGGCCAUGGAGAUGCAGGGUGGCUGCCACGAAAUUACUCUGGACAACCAUGAAGAGGGGCACAACUCUGAACUGGAGGUGCUGCUUGAGAGAGACAGCGGGACCCUCACUACAGUGGGGGAGGUGCUGACUUUCAGGCAGCUGUGUCUGAGGCGGGGGCUAGCGCUAUGCUCCAUGCUGGUCCUCCUAGCUGCAGGAAUCCUCACCAACAUGCUGCUCCCUGCCGUCUUCACAUCAGGGCUAAAUGAGACCUCCACCGUACCACCCACAGUGGACAACCUGUGGACUCGCAAUACUAUGGACCAGACGGGCCAAGUAUGAUGCCAAGUGGAAUUUCAGGUGUUCUUCCAGGUGUUCCACAUUCAAGCUGGUGGUCUCAGCUGGCAUGACUCCCAGUGAACAGAGGAUGGCUGAUGCCAAUUUUUAAAAUAACUGACCUGACUUUGGACUGGGGAUUUUAACAGAAACACUAACAUCCACUUGA